AUGAAGAGACUCACGAGCUCUGUUUCUCUACACUCUCUGAAGAGCCUUCUGCUUCAAAAGCUCCACCCACAAGCACUAAAACUCUCGGCCUCUCUUCAUGACCCAUGCCUUACGGACACUGUCUACGCCCUCUUCCUCAAGUCAGGCUUCCUUCUCGACCCAUUCCUCUCCACAUUCCUCAUCAGCCACCACUUAUCUCUCUCCUCCGGCGACUUCUCACGCGCCGCCCGGUUCCUCCAUGACACCCACCUCCCCGACAUCGCCGUCUACAACGCCCUCAUUUCUGGGUACGCCCGGUUUGGCCAGCCCGGGCCUGUUUUCGAGCUUUUCAAUCGGUUGCGGCAAUUGGGUCUGAGGCCGGACGUCUACACGAUGAGCGCUUUGAUCAGAGGCUGUGAUGGUUUGGAGCAGAAUGAGAUUGCGCAUGGAGUUUCGAUCAAGAUGGGGUUGGUUACGGGCGUGUUCUUGGUCAGUGGGCUCGUCGAGAACUAUUCGAAAUCAGGGUGUGUUGGUGGCGCAGAGAAGUGCUUUGAGGAGUGUUUUGUUUUGGAUUCUGUGGUGUGGACGGCAAUGAUCAAUGGGUAUGUUUGGAAUGGAGAGCUUGAUAAAGGCAAGGAGGUUUUUAUGGAUAUGAAGCGUUUGGGUUUGGAAUUUAAUGAGUAUAGCCUGGCUGGUUUGUUUGGCUGUUUGUUUGAGGGCCAGGAAGGCGGGCAGAUUCAUGGGUUCAGUUUAAAGAUGGGGUUUUUAUCUGGGUGUUCGCUUCAUUUGAACAAUGCAGUGAUGAGUAUGUACUGCAGGUAUGGAAGAAAAUCUGAUGCGGUCAAAGUGUUUGAUGAAAUUCCUAAGCCGGACAUUGUUUCUUGGACGGGGCGAAUUGGUGCGGCCUAUGAUGGCGUUGAGGCUUUUGAGAUGUUUGAGUUAUGUCGAUCGAGAGGUUUUGAAGUGAAUGAGUAUACGUUGAUUAAUGUUUUGUCUGCUAUGGCAGGGCCAAAGUGGUUGAAUCCUGGAAAACAAAUGCAUGCGCUCUGUUACAAGUCUGGACAUCUGCUUGUGGCCUCUGUCUGCAAUUCAAUACUUUCUAUAUAUGGGAAGUGUGGACAGAUGGGCGAUGCCAAGUGCGUCUUUGAAGAGAUGAUUUGUCCAGAUUCCGUUUCUUGGAACUCUAUGAUCUCUGGCUAUUCUGAGAAUGGAUUCUUUUCUGAAGCAAUUGUGAUGUUUUCCCUGAUGCGUGAUUGCCUAAUACAACCUAAUAAGUAUACGCUUGCUAGCAUUCUUGAUGUUAUGUCCCACUCAUGUUCACCGAGGCAGGCGAUGCAAGUACAUACUCUGAUAAUUAAAUUUGGAUUUGAGUCUGACAAUUCCAUGUUGUCUAGUUUAAUAACAUCAUAUGGUAAAUGCAACGGAAUUAAUAAGUCCAAGAAGGUGUUUGCAGAGAUUGAUGAGCUGAAUGUUUUACUAACUAAUGCCAUGGUGGCAACAUCUGUCUAUGCCAAUUACCUUUUUGAUGCCCUGGAAUUGUUCCAGAAGUCAUGGAGAUUGUCCCUCGAAGUUGACAGUACGACUUUUAGCAUAGUUCUCAAAGCUUGUGGUUUGUUAACAGAUCUGGAGCUAGGUAGAACAAUUCAUUCACUGGCCCUGAGAGCUGGAGUUUAUCACGAUGCAUUUGUUGAAAGUGCUGUAAUUGAUGCUUACUGUAAAUGUGGUAGCAUAAAUGAUGCACAGAAGGCUUUUAAGGAUAUAUGUGAAGACAAUUUGGCUGCUUGGAAUGCCAUGCUGAUGGGAUAUUCUCAAUGUGGUUGGUUCAUGGAAGCUUUUCAUCUAUUCAAGGAAAUGACUGGAGUCGGAUUGAAACCUGAUGAGAUAACUUAUCUGGGAGUUCUGAGUUCAUGUUGCCAUGCAGGACUAGUGAAUGAAGCCCAAUAUCACCUACACUCUAUGUUUGAACUUUAUGGGCUAAUCCCGUGUUUAGAACACUAUGCUUGUGUGGUUGAUGUGCUUGGUAGAUUUGGGCUCAUAGAAGAGGCAAAGAGAAUGAUUGAUCAAAUGCCUCUUCGCCCUGAUGCUCAAAUAUGGCAGAUUCUUUUAUCAGCCUGCAGCAUCCAUGGAAAUAUUGCUCUAGGAGAAGUUGCAGCAGGAGAGCUUAUUCAGCUGCAACCUGAGAAUGACUCUGCUUAUGUUCUUCUUUCUAAUUUGUAUGCUUCAGCUGGUUUGUGGAACUCUGUUCAAAACCUGAGAAAGAAAAUGAAAGAAAGAAUAAUCUACAAGGAACCUGGAUCCAGUUGGAUUCAAGUUAGAGGAUCAAUCCGUUACUUCUUUGCCGGUGAGGUACUGUGUCCUGGCAGUAAAGAAAUACAUUCAAUGCUUCAAAAAUUGAGCAACCAUAUGCUGAUAAUCUAUGACUCAGAGGAAGAUAGCAUUACAUCAUUUGAUCCAUGAAUUAUGGAGCACUAAAUGCACCUUGAUGCUACCACAGCCCGGGUUGGAUUGGAUGGAAUUCUUGAAACUGAUGUAGCAAAGCAUAGAGUGGACCUCCAACAAGUUUCAGGCAAUGCCACCCCAUGCCUUCUUGUUUUUUGGUGAGGUGGGGGUGAAAUGGGGGAGGUUGAGGAUAGGGAAAGGCCUUCUUCUUGGAUUCAGGUUUCUGGACCAUCAAGAACUUCAAUAUUUUCUGAAUCAAAUUGGUUUUUUGGACAAAUUAUUGUCAUAUAGCUGUUACUUUUGUUGUCGGAACAUCUGCUCCAGCUUGGGAAGGGAAAGGGUUGAACUGUUGGUAUAUACAUUAGAUCAGCAAACUCAGGUGAAUAGUAAUUGCAGUAGUAACUAUCAGAUAGUUCUCUUGAUAUGGGCUAAUGAUUUCUGAUGCCUUUGCUCUCCCUGAGAUAGCCUUGCCCUCUGGAGUGCUGGCAAUACGAAUAGGCUCUUGAGAUCACAGAAGCGAUAGAAUAGAAAGCAUUUGUUGCUAUCCUUGACUUCACCUGGCCUCUUCUUGGCAGAGGCCUUCUUCUUCUGAAGCUUUCGCUAAUUGCACUGGCAGCUACACCACCAAACUUGUUCUUCAUUGUGGAAAUCAGGAGUAUGAUAUGUUUUUUCUCAAGUUGUUGGUUAGACAAAAGAUACAACAGCUUUUCUUGGUCAAUCUAGAUGAAAAGUGAAUUUAUGAGUCAGUUGCUAUGCUAUAUGAGCCAAUUUUGAAGGUAUUUAUAGGCACAGCAAUGGCUGAUUGCAAUAGCAUUGGCUGGUGCAGAGUGAAGAAUCUUGAAAAAGUUUUUCUCCAUUUUUGUCUGCAUUGGUGGGGGUUUGGGAGACAUGCCAGCUUCUAAUUGUCUGAUUGGAAAGAUUCCUUCCCCACCAAACUUGAUUCAAGGAUGAUUUGGUACAAAGAAGCACUCCUGUGGGACCCAGGCGCUGUAUAUCAGUUUGCUGAAAACGAUGACCGGAUGCAGGCGGUGAAAUAGAUGCAGAAAUUGUCUACUGGUAAGAUAUGCUGACCUGUUUUUGUCAAAUAUGACAGCUAGAUGUUUCGAUUAAAAUGCAAACUGGGGCUGGUUUUGGGGAGCCACCCUUGUAUUUUUACAUCCAUCUGUUGGAAUGUCUAUUCUUGCUUUUAGGGAAACCUCAUUGUUAUUGUCAAAUGGCCGUGUUGCUGUUGCUACAUGCCAAGCCGGCUUGUUCAGUAGCAUGUCGCCAGAAGCUGCUGCACAUGGUCAGGUAGCUUUCUUCCACAGGGAGAGAAUUAUGCAAGGUUUCAACAAGAAGAUGACAUCACAAUGGUGGUAAUGAUGAUGCUGGUAAGAAUAUAUAUGACACCUCUGGUCCUCACCCGAAACUCCUUGCUGAAGAUGGCUUAUAGUUUCAUUGGACAAACUAAUGCACCCAUUACCUCUCUAGUAGACUACUACCGAUGAGAGAUUGAGUCAUGACACAAGGAAGAAGGAACCAGAUGUGAAUUCAGACCAUUUCUGCAAAUUUGACCUCAAUCUGUCCCGUUCCCGGUCCACCUACGGACUAUGGAAUCCCAAAACCAGUGCCCAGUGCCAAACGAGGGACUGAAAGAUUCUCCCACAAAUACAGUCUCUGACCUGAAACCACCAUGCAUGUGACCUAGUGGAGUGUAUUUUGAACUGGUCCCUGGCCAUAUCAUGCCAAUAUUUUUUUAAAUCUACACCCCAUUUGGUCAAAGAGAGGAUUAAAUACUGAAAGAAGGCUCAACAAAUCUAGUUGGCAUGCCCUCUCAUCUUCCUGCCUAGCUAAAGAUCCUGUGCCUGUGGUUGUUCAUUGAGCCCUGGUCCUUUGUUCAACGCCCUCUUCCAAAAAGAGAAAAUAAGGUAAAAUAACAACAUUGGAAAAGGAUAACCUGUCAUUUUGCGGCUAUAUAAGCUCUUUCAAGUCCUAUCAACUCCUAUCAGCACAGAAUAACAACACUCUGGAAGAAGGCAGCGACUAGCUCUUAGAGUGUGGCAGAUGGGAAACAAGGUAAAUAAUACUAAAGCAGCAGCCAUAUCUGCUUUGUUCGACAAGAAUUCAAGAGGAAGAAGGCCUCUUCCAAAGAGAGGGCAAAUCAAAUUGAAGAUAGCAGCAAAAGCAAUUCAAGGAAUUGCAUCUGUGCUCUCCCUAGCCCCACCUCAGAAGAUCCAGUUUCAAGGGAAGACCUAUUUAAGCGACAAAUAUAGAAUUGUCAAAAGGCAUAAACAUCCCAAGUCAUAAUGGUCUUUUUGAUGUACUUAUCAUCCUUUGGCCUUCUGCCAAUUCAGUGAUUUUAAGUUGAUUGGCUUCCGGUAGCCAGAUGUAAAAUUCACUGUGAACUUGCAUGUUAAGAACAGGCCGAGUAGUGUUUACUUGUUCUCAAAGUUUUUGCCUUCUUUGA